AAAUGCUCCAUGGCUAAGAAGAGAAAAGCUGAAGAACAGAUUUCAGGAGUUCCAGUCAAUAAAAGGAAGUCCCUGUUAAUGAAACCCCGUCACUACAGUCCCACUGUGGAAUGCAGAGAAGAAAAUGAGGACAGAACAGAGUUGCAGGAGGACGUCAAUGUCCUCGAAACAAAUGACACGCCUGCUACAGAAGAAAAUACUACAAAAUCACCUGAUGAAACCUCUCAUUCAGGUGGGCAAGAAAACUCCAGUCAAACGAAGGACAACUACACCCGCUACCAGGACCUCGUGGUCAAAUCUUUAAUGAACAUAGGAAAACUAGCAAAAGAUGCACCAGUUCAAAUGGUGACUGAGAACCUAAAUGACAGUGGCAUCCAGUCCUUAAAGACAGAAAGUGAUGAUGUUGAUGAAUGUUACACAAUUAACUCAUCGGAAGGAAAAGAAAAGAUUUGUGUUUCCGACCCACAAUACUGUUCAUCUGAAGACAAUGAAAGUAGCUCUGAAAUUUUGGACAAUGAAUGGGACAGUUCCUCGAACUUCUCAGAAGACACUAGCAUAAAGCCCCAUGUAACUCAGAGAUAUAUUGCAGGGUGUAACCGACAAGACAUUCUGGAAGUUCCAGAAAUUAAGACUGAAGAAGCAGAAUUUCGCCCCUGUGAAACAGUUUGUGACUCAGAAACAGAGCUAAGAGAAUUGCAGGAAUCUCAUGUUGAUCCUUUUGACAAGAGAAUUCAGAAUCCAUUCCCUGAAAGCGAGGAAGAUGAUGAGUGCCUAUCAGAAACUACAGACGUGUCAGUUGACCUGGACAAAACAAAAGGGAAUUUGAGUUUGCUAGAACAAGCGAUAGCUCUGCAGGCAGAGCAAGGUCAUGUGUUUCACAGCACCUACAAAGAAUUGGACAGGUUUCUUUUGGAGCAUUUAGCUGGGGAAAGGAGACAAACCAAAGUUAUUGACAUUGGUGGGAGACAAAUCUAUAAUAACAAACAUUCACCCAGGCCUGAAAAAAGAGAAACCAAAUGUCCCAUCCCAGGAUGUGAUGGCACAGGGCAUGUGACUGGGCUGUACCCACAUCACCGCAGUCUCUCAGGCUGUCCGCAUAAAGUCAGAGUGCCACUAGAAAUUCUUGCCAUGCAUGAAAAUGUUUUAAAGUGCCCCACUCCAGGAUGUACUGGAAGAGGACAUGUCAACAGCAAUCGCAACACACACAGAAGUCUUUCUGGCUGUCCAAUUGCUGCAGCUGAAAAAUUGGCAAUGUCCCAGGAAAAAAAUCAGCAUGAUUCUCCUAAAACUGGACAGUGCCACGCUCAGGUUCACAGGACAAACUUAGCAAAGCAGCUCGAGCUAUCUCAGUACAAUUACCGAACUGCACAGCCAGCCACCUCUCCCAGAGCCACCCUGACAAAAGAGCAAGAGAAGUUUGGGAAAGUACCAUUUGACUAUGCCAGCUUUGAUGCACAAGUCUUUGGCAAACGCACAAUGGCACCAGCAGUGCAAGGCCAAAAAACCCCACCGUUCCUUGAAUCAAAGCAUUUUUCACAUCCAGUGAAAUUUUCUAAUCGACUGCCUAGUGCUAGCGCCCACACACAGAGCCCUUGUCAUGCCAACUCUUAUAGCUACGGUCAAUGUAGUGAAGACACCCACAUAGCAGCAGCUGCUGCUAUCCUGAACCUUUCCACCCGCUGCAGGGAAGCAGCAGAGAUCCUCUCCAGCAAACCGCAGAGUCUGGCUGCCAAGGGAGCUGAGAUAGAAGUGGAUGAAAAUGGCACUCUGGAUUUGAGCAUGAAAAAGAACCGAAACCAGGACAAGGUUAUGCCUCUAACUUCUUCCAACGCAGCACUUCCCACUCCUUCCUCUUCUCCCUUCAAAACAAGCAGCAUUCUGGUAAAUGCAGCCUUCUACCAGGCUCUCUGUGAACAGGAGGGCUGGGAUAUGCCAAUCAACUAUAGCAAGACACAUGGCAGGAAAGAGGAAGAGAAAGAGAAAGAUCCAUUGAGCUCCCCAGAAAACCUGGAGGAAAAAAAGUAUCCAGGAGAUGUCUCCAUACCGAGUCCAAAACCCAAGCUCCAUCCAAGAGAUCUCAAGAAGGAACUCAUCACCUGCCCGACUCCAGGAUGUGAUGGCAGUGGUCACGUAACAGGAAACUAUGCAUCACACCGCAGUGUUUCCGGGUGCCCAUUAGCCGACAAGACAUUAAAAUCCCUUAUGGCUGCCAACUCUCAAGAGCUUAAGUGUCCCACACCUGGUUGUGAUGGCUCUGGUCAUGUGACUGGAAAUUAUGCUUCACACAGAAGCUUGUCUGGUUGCCCUCGUGCCAGGAAAGGUGGUGUCAAAGUUACUCCUACCAAGGAAGAAAAAGAAGACCCUGAACUUAAAUGUCCAGUGAUAGGCUGUGAUGGCCAAGGUCACAUAUCAGGUAAAUACACUUCUCAUCGCACUGCUUCUGGUUGUCCUUUGGCUGCCAAGAGACAGAAGGAGAGUCCUCUCAAUGGGUCUUCAUUAUCCUGGAAACUGAACAAACAAGAGCUGCCACACUGUCCUUUGCCAGGCUGCAACGGGCUGGGUCAUGUUAAUAAUGUUUUUGUCACCCACAGAAGCUUGUCAGGGUGUCCUCUGAAUGCACAAGCCAUAAAAAAGGGCAAAAUCUCAGAAGAACUAAUGACUAUCAAGCUUAAAGCAAGUGGGGGUAUCGAGACUGAUGAGGAAAUCAGACACUUGGAUGAGGAAAUAAAAGAACUGAAUGAAUCCAAUCUUAAAAUUGAAGCUGACAUGAUGAAACUUCAAACCCAGAUCACAUCUAUGGAGAGCAAUCUGAAAACAAUAGAAGAAGAGAACAAACUUAUAGAGCAGAACAACGAGAGCCUGCUGAAGGAAUUAGCUGGCUUAAGCCAAGCCCUCAUCACCAGCCUUGCCGACAUUCAGCUUCCACAAAUGGGGCCAAUCAGUGAGCAGAACUUCGAAGCAUAUGUAAAUACACUCACAGACAUGUACAGCAAUCUGGAACGGGACUAUUCCCCGGAAUGCAAAGCUCUGCUGGAAAGUAUCAAACAGGCAGUGAAGGGCAUCCAUGUGUAG